UGAUGACUCGUUGAUCUAGACUACUAACACUAGUCACUAGUCACCUUAACAAUACGUGUUUCGGUAAAAUGCGCCUUGGUAUGAUGGAUGGAUAUAUAGCACGACGACUAAACAAGAAACUCCUUCUGCUGUUCAUGAUUGCAGCCAUCGUACUAUACCUGCAGUCGAAGACAGAAAAUACUGGGACUAAGAUCGUCGGACCAAGAAUGUCCAAAUAUUACAAACAUGCAAACCAGAUAUCGUCCACAACAGAAUCGUUCUCGCCCAAUAAAACCACACUCCUUAACGCCACAUUGAACCUCCAAUUACAAUUCAUAUCACUCAGUGCCAUCUAUAACAUCUCUCUGAUCCUUCUGGACCCGACCAUAAUCAACAACAGCAUGGUGUCAACACAUAACCUGAAGGAGGACCUCAUCAACAAAGCCAUUGUCUCCUAUGGCAUCAAUCGUGACGAUUUGGCUGGAACUAAAUUGGAGACAUUCAUUCGCACUCUAUCUCGUAACAAAUACCACACAACAGUCGUAAAAGACAGAGACCAGAAUGUCAACCAUAUAUUCUUAACGACAUCAGUGCCAUCUAUCAGCAAGUGGAUUCACAUAGCCAUAAUAUAUAACAGACACGGUAGAUAUUACUGGAUA